AUGGAAGCAGUCAUCUUCCUGUCUUCGGUUACGUUCGUUAUUGCGGUGGGAGCUGCCAUCAUAAAAGGAGUCUGGACCCGGAAAGAUACGAUCAUGAAGGAAGCACACCCCUUCAGCCGCCGCCGAAACUGUAUCACCAUUCACGGUUGGGGAGCAGAAAUUCGAGGUGGCCAGGAUAUACUGAGCGACGGGAUCAACCAUCGCGAACAAUGGUGGAGCAUUUCGCGUCAUAUCGCAUCCCUGAGGAAGCAGAUACAGGGACCAUCCAUCAUUACCCGCAUUCGCAUUCGCUGCCCCCACAUCUCCCAGCCACAUUUAUUGCCCCAGCUGCACUGGCCACAACACCCCCACUAG